GGCGCAUUUAGUCGUGAACGGAAAUUGGUUGAACCCGUCAAACUAGUCGCGUUGCUGCAGCCGCGGUGCCAGAGGAUCGCCGUGAGUCGUGAGAGUCAAGUCAGUCCCGAGCCAGUCGACUUGACUCCAGAGUUAUAUCGCAGUGCGAGAGGGAGGCUCUUGUUUGAACGACUGCCCGUGCUCCCUCUCCCUCUCCAUCACCCUCUCACCUCUCUCCAGUUCAUCACGGACUAUUUCUCCUUGUUUCUUUCCAGUCGGCCUCUGCAGCCUCUUCGAAUCUCUUCUGUAUUCGCCCGGGAUACAUGGCGAAUAAUUUCGCAGGGUAUAACGCUGUACGCUCUGAAAAUAUAAAAUAAUUUAAACGUGAUUGAUCGCGGGACUGAUGCGCGGGCAAAUACUUACCUCUAAUAAAUCAUUGCGACGUAUCCGCAUCCUGCGUUAUAUUAAAAUGUAUCAUUGUAACUAAGGUGCGCGGCCGUUUCUGCAGUGCUCCGUAAGCCGCGAGUGCGUGCGUGCGUGCUUGCGUAUUUAGAAAAGCUUUUCAAUUCAACUUGUUGCAACUUAAACGCCAGGCGAUAGACUGUCGUUAUACCUGUUAAAUACAAUCCGAUCGUACUUGUAACGCUAUACAAUUGCAACACGGAGUGCGGGUGAAGACGCGAAACUGCGAUUCAAGGACCGCUUUGGAAUAUUCGGCAAGCCAAGUUACAUCAUGACAGACCGCGCACCACCGAAAACAGCGUAUGGGUGCCCGCGCCCUCCGAAGUAUGACACGAUGUGCCAGCGCAAUUUUAAGUAACUGAAGAGAAACUGACCAGCCAUAUAUGGCUCGAGCUGACAUCGCGCUACAUCAUUACAAACCGCAGGUGAUGCUGGGGGGAGGUGCGAGCGGGUUGCUUGCAGUGACCCUGGCGCUUUUUGGCUCGUUUCCUGGAGCCCUGAAAACGGAGAUAUCCGGGGAGCCGAUUUGCCAGCCGGGGUUGGGCUUCUGGGAGCCGAAGAGCGGGCGUUGUUUACCUUGCACCAAGUGCGCCACGGAAUUUACUCUCAGGCCAUGCGCCGUCCAUCAGGACACUGUCUGCGGCCCCCUCUCGGCACUGCAGCUAGACUGGUCCUGGCUGGCAACGAGAAAGGGCCAGGAGACCAGCCAGCCGAGGACCGUUGCCGCAGCGACAUCAAAGAUGAUAUGGACCUUCCCCGACGUCGCUGCGGGACAAGACGACUCCGGACGCAGGUCGCCGACGCCCUUUCGCUCGCCUCGCGGUAACGUCGACGACGAGGUAAACGUCGACGGAGACGCGAGGCUCGGAGAUGACAAGGAGAACGAAGGCUUCGAUCCCCGGGACGAAGAGCCCGAGCGUAGGAUUUAUUCCCCCCAAGAGAGGAGAAAGGUGAGAGACCAGACCGAUAUCCCAUGGGACUGGCAGACGGGGGCUUUGGUCCUCGCCGUUUGUGCCUGCGUGAUUUUCUUCUUGGUCGCCGGUUGCUCGGCCCUCGUAUACGCGAGGCAGUGGCGACGCAUGAAGAGAAACUUCGAGCCAGCCGGUCUGGAGGAAAUCUCAGCGAGAUUGAACCUGAUGGUAAAAGCCGAGCUGGCCGAAUUAACCGCAGGAGCACCGAUGAAUCCCGGCGAUCCUGAGACGAGGUGUCAAUACCUGGAAAAAUUACUUGACCGGAAGCGGGAAACGCCAGUCGUCGCUGGAUGGCACGAACACGUGGAGGACGGGGGAGGUCGAGGAAACCUCUACAUCGAGGAAGCACCCGGAGGACCCGGGGGGCGAGAACCGAGAAGGCCUGCGUCAACACCGAGGACCAGAAGAGCGCAAAUUGCUCAGAUACACCGCAACAUCGAAAGUAUUCUAAGCCAUAAGGCCAAUCGCUCCUAAUACCUAUUAUAAGCGUGACGUCUUCAAGAUAUUGGUAUAUAAGAUAUAAGGAUCACACAUGAUUGCAGAUACAUAAAUACACGGCUUAGUUUAUGUACGGCGAUAUGGGAGAUAGCUUUAAUCGUUUACGUGAGCACAUGUAUAAGUGUUUCCAAGUUACAUAUUCAAUUCACAAUUUACAGACACUGCGGGUCCCCUUCAAUGUUUAUAAACAGUCUCGAGGAAAUGAAUUGCGAUAUUUAUAAUUAAUGCACGCUGCAAUGGUGCAGGAAGAAUGUGAACCCGCGGGCUGCGUUUCGUCAGAUACAAUUUUAUAUCCCCCUUUUUUUUUAAAUAUCGUAUUAGUUGUACAAGUACCGCGUACAAACAAAUCCGAAAAAGAUUCGCUUUGAAAAGUAUUUGACGAUUGUCGUACUAACGAUAAUUAGUAAUAUGUAUGUAAUAUUAUAUACACGGAGUUGCGUCGUCGACGACGCGCUUUAAGAUGGGAAUAUCUAGAGCAGUAAGCGUCUCUCGCUGAUUAGAGUACCUAUACUCAUGAAACUCACUAUUUAUUUGAUAGUUUUAAUAAAUAUUGUAAUAUAAACGCUCUGUAUCAAUGAUAAAUAAAAUCGUAUAACUAAAAUUACAAAACAA